AGGAACUAGGCACACCUUCUCUGCUCAUAACAGAAACCUAUAUUGCACAGGACAACUCACCUGGGAAUGUUCCUGUGUUUUGGCAAAACAGAGAGAAACAGAGGAGCUUGAAAGAAAGGCACAGCUAAGAAGAUUUUCAGUUCACUUGUGCUGUGCAGCCUGUAAAUAUGUCAGGUCCAUACAGCUUCCUAAAUCAGGAUGACAUCGAGAAGUUAUUUGAGCAUAAUACAUCACCCAGUAGAUCACAGACAAAAUUCACAGGUUCUCGCAGAUCUCAAGAGCUUCAAGAGAAGGAGAGUUUAUAUGCUAAUGACGAAGACAGAUUUCCAACAAAUGCAAGGCACUUCCCUGGUAACAGAGUUUUUGACAGCCUUGGAGAAGUCACAAUACCUUAUGACCCAGAGUUGGAAUUCUCAUCUUCUAGAGAUCAACUUAUGCACUACAGAAGGGCUGCAGAGGCUUCACAUAGUGAAUAUGCCGCCUUGCUGGUGAAAAAUAAUAGUCUGCAAGCUGAGGUGUCUGAUCUUAAAAGCAGGCUGGCAGCUAAAGACGUUUUCCUCCAGAAAGUGAAAGAUGAAUUAGUGAGCUACAAAGAAAACAAUGCACGCCAGUUAUCCCAGAUUCAUUCUCUUAAAGACCACAUCAAGGAAUUGGAGUAUAUGAGCGCAUCUGUUAAUAGUGGGAAAGCAGAGACAAAUGUCGAGCUCUGUGCCCUGAGAAGGGAUAAUAAAGAGUUGAAUGAAAGAGUUCAAGAACUAGAAAACAGAAUUAGAAUGCACCUAAUUGAACGAGAGAAAACAGAACAGAAAUUUAAUGGGCUAGAAAAGAAAAUGAAGGAAAGUAUUGGGAAAUUGUGCUCCUGUUUGAAUAUGGAUGUUGAGGAACAGGAAGAUCCCCUGAACAUUCUGCUAACAAAGGUUGAAAAGCUAAUAAAAGAGCAUUUUGUGCAAAAAUCUAAAUUGUCAAGUCUGGAGGAAGUGCUGGCUGGAAGACAAGUGGAAUAUAAAGCCAGUCGAGAAACUAUUGUACAACUGGUUUCAGAGAUCGACAAACACAAGAAAACUGUGGCAGUGCUUGAGGCACAACUAAAGAGUAUAAAGAGGGAACGAGAUGAAACACUACUGGCCAAACAAAGUGCAGAGCAAGAAAAGGAGCUUCUACUAGGGAAAAUAAAAGACAACCAUAAAGAAUGGAGCAGUUUUCAACAGGAGCUGGUGAGAAAAGAAAAAAAACUAAAUGAGCUGGACAGAACUUUACGGACAUCUGAUUACGAAGCUAAGGCUUCUCAUAGCCUGCACCAAAGCUUUAUAAUACAGCUUGCUACAGUACUCAGUAAUGGCUUUAUUACUGUACCUAGAACAGAGGAAGCCAUUAAGGAACGAAUACAAGAGAUUUGCAGUCGUGAACAGGAAUGGAAAGUGACUACAGAUGAGCUUCAGGAAAAGGUCCUCAAACUAACAAAACAGUUAGACCAACAGCGUGAUCUAUAUCAUGAAGCAGUUACUAAGGCAUAUAAAGCGGAAGAAAUAUUACAGGAAAACCAAGAAUCACUUAAACACUUAAAAGGAAAACUUACUUCUGAAGAGAUGAUUAAAGAUGGUUUUAAUUCAGAAAGGAAAAAGCUAAAGAAGUUUUUACUGCAGAUGGCAGAAAAGUUAAAUGUCGUUCAAGAUAUAUCAUCAGGCAGUCUGACGUCGCAGUAUGAAGUACUACUAAACAGAGCAGAGGAGGUUACAGAAAGGGACAAAGGUUUUCUGAAGGAUAGCAAAACUCUUAUUUAUAAUCUCCAGAAAAAGAUUACUUCCCAGGCAGAAAAAAUAGAGUUAAAAUCUACAAAAAUCGAACAACUAGAAAAGAAGAUCAAACAAUUAGAAAAGGAAAAAGAGCAACAACUUUUAUUGAGCGCAGAAAACUCAGGAAGCCUGACAGCCCAAAAAUUGCAGAAGAAGGUCGAGAGACUUCAGGGACAGCUCAGUGAAAUGAAAAUUACUACUCAAACCCUGACUGCUCAGCUUGUCGAUAUGAGUGAUCUAAAGGAGCGAAACAUGCAGCAAAAGAAAACGAUAGAAGAACUCAGCAGAGCUUUAGAGAAACUGGAGAAAAUUAAGGAAAAAGCUGCUAAAAAGGUGGUGAGCCUAAAGACUGAGCUGGACUACAGUGAGCAUGAGUUUCGAGGAGAUAAAGAAAGGUGCCAACACAUGGUAGAGGCAGUCACUAAUGAGCUGCACACAGCCAAAAGAGCACUUGAGGAGGUAGCAAAGAGGGAGAAACAGCUUGUUUACUUCCGAGAAGCCAUUACAAGGAUGAUGGGAUUUAAUUUAAACACUUUGGCCGUGCCAGACCAUGAGAUAUUUGAUCAACUAAAGCGUGUUUUGCGAACACAUGGACCUACAGAUCCUGGCAGAGCAGAUCGAUCAAAGCUGCCAUAUGGUUUUAGGACAGGAGAUGGUGAACAAGAGUACACUGUACAACACAUCAGUGCAUUUCAGAAUGCUAGAUAUUAACCAGAGAUUUACUUUCAAUAUUUACCUACACGGUUCAGAAUUAAUUGCUGUUAACUGUUAUAAAAUUCCACACGGGGGCAUACUUGCAGUGUAAGCAAAUGAGUAUGAUUUGUAUGUUGUUUAAGGGUAAAUUAAAUUGUACUAUUCAAGUCUACAAGUACUUUAUUCCCCAUAUACUGUGUAUUCAGGGGUGUAACUUUGGGCCCCAGGUCCCAUUGCAAAACAGUUUUGGAGGCCCCAUAUAUUUAUAAAAUUGUGGGUUACCCAUGAUAUGCAAAAUUGCAGGUGACAUAAGAGCUCUUUCUUUGCCUCUCCUUAUGGGCACCCUGUACCCCUGGCUCCCACAUAUUCGCAGAAUCUUCAUUCCCUCUAGUUAUGCCACUGUGUGUAUUACAUCUUACUUUUUGUGAUCCAUAUGUUGUGUAAGGGUGAAUUAAAUGUUACUAAACUAAUGUGAGUAAUGUUUUUCUCCUAUAUUGUUUUAUAUAGGCUUCAGAAUAGAAAUUCAAACAGUUUUUGUAUGAAUACUAAGUAAGACCGUAUUAGGUACUACUGGUAUUCUUUAUUUCAUAAUAAAACACCACCCAUGGCAGAGCAUUAUAUGAACAAUGGGAGCAUUUUUAUGGUGUUCCAUUUUCAGGAAUGGUAUUACAUUUCAUACACAGCAAUUACUGUUUGUUUUUUAUCAGGAGUAUGUAGAAAGUAAAAGCAGAGGUCUGAUUAGUUGCUAUAGGUAACACUAGCACUAGUUUGGUUUGGAACCUAUAUUGGUAAAUAUGUCCCUCUGUCAUUUUUUUUAGUGCCAUUCACAUUUCUACCUCUCACAUAGGGGCAUAUUUAUCUAAGUAUAAAGGGAAAAGUCAUAACAAAAGUUACCAAAAGAGCAAUCCAAGGGUCACGUUUACAGUCUGGAAUAAAUUGUUGUUGAAAUUGUUUGUGCAAUAAAUGUGUUUUGCUCGGUUUCUGUUUUUGUUACACUGUUUUUAACACUUAAAGAACCCUAUAACAUUUUUGAUCUGUAAUUACAUCUAUACUUCCCUGUAAAUAUGCAUUUGAAUAAUUUGGAAUAAAUAUGAAUUCAUUUGCAGAUCUAAA